CUCUCCUGAGCCUGAGGUAUGACCACUGCAUGCUGGGACAUGAAAGUUGAGGCUAAUGGAACCCAGCACGGCCAUCGUUCGUGCUUCGGGUCAUGACAUUCAAGGUUCUGCUGAUUCCUUGUAUGUUCAGCCCGGCACUACCAGGACUGUCACCGUGACCCGAGUAUCCACCGUCCAUGCCGGCAAGAGUUCCUGCGACGUGGUUUAUGUCCCCACUACAGUCACGGUUUACACAGGGUGCUCGCCCGCUUCGGGUGUCUCGAGCGUGUCCGGUUUCCCGAAUACCAAUCAGAGCGGCCUCGGUCCUUGGUUGAAUGCCACUGUAACGAACUCUCCGUGCACGCACGGCCUCCCGACUUCGACUGCUUUGACAACCCCUGAGAGCAUGUCGGCGUCACUCGGCUGGAACCAAACCGCGCUCACCUCUCGUCCCACACUAAGUGGGACAGCUGGGACAACCGUCCAGACAGCUGAUCCCAUCGGCACCUCUUCUUUCUUCUGGAGCAACUCAAGCCGAAGCUCGACUACCGACCAAGUCUCAACAAGCACUCUCACGCUCACACUGACGUCCUCCAUUGUGGUCACUGUGAACUCGACUCUGUCUCCAGGCCCCACCGCCCCAAACUCCGUUUACGGUACAGGAACUGGCCACCUUGGGAAUGCUUCCACGAGUGCCUCCAUGUCGACGGCCUACAAGCCCAGUCUAACCUACCAGACGACGGCUUCAGGUAUGUUGACACAGACUGAACCGGGUUGACGGGAGCUAAUCCGUUCCGUCAGACCAUUCAACCUCGACUACUCACCACACCACUCGGACUGCAACUCAUACCACGAAGCGCUCGUCGAUCAUCCCCAGCACACGAUCGAAGACUAAGACGUCCACGUUCCUUGUGUCAAGCAACCCCUCUAC